AUGGCACUUUGUUGGUUCUGCUCCAAGUCCAGCCUGGAAGGUGCUGGGCAGGUGCUGGUGCUGAGGUGGCAGGUGCAGUUAGCUCCCAAAAGCAUGAGCUACACCGCAGCAGAAUACACUUGGGUGAACGACAAGCUCAUGCGAAAGGGGACAUUCAAGGCACAGCGCAAACAGGCGACACUGACCAUGCGUCACCAAGGCUGCGGGCGAAGUGAUGACGACAGGAAGUUCAUGGUGUCAUCCUUCCAGUCUCCAAUGAUCCGCACAGAAACCUGGACGCUCUCCUUUGCCCACGAGGCGCACUGUCCCGAGAAGCUGCCAUCAGAUAGCACUUCAAGGAGAGCUUCCCAGACCCUGUCACGAACAUGGCUGGGUUCCGAACCCAACCCAGAACGGUUCUUGGCCAUGGUCCUCCAUUGGGCAGGCGCGACGGAGGUUCAUACCACAUAUGACGACCAAGCCAAGGAGUUCAAGCGGCUGUGGAUCGACAGCAACGUGAUCAUCGGCAAAGCCUUCACCAGCGCUAUAAACGCUAUAAACACUGCAAUCCUCGUGUACUGGCCUGGGGAUGACCUGACAGGAGCACACGUCCUGCUCAAGUCUCCCGACGGCUGGCAGCUGGGUUUCGAAGCCAUAGUGGCGACGCUGCAGCUGAAAUACCCUGACUACGUUGUGACGGAGGCUGAAGUCAGUAGCCACCUCAGGCUGAGCGGGGCAGGCAACACAAGCCCGUGGGCUAAUCUAUAUAUCCCAAUGACUCUGGAUUUACUUGCUUGGUGCCUUCAGGGGCUGGAGCGGCUGCGGCCAAGGACUAUGGCGCAACAGCUUGCAGAGAUGAGUGAUCAGCUUGCAAGCAUGCACCGCCUCUUGCAAGCGCAUUUCUCCACUCAGGCGCAGUGCCUCAUGCCACCGCCACCUCCACGUCGGCAGACUGCUGCCCAGGCGGCUGCCGCAGCUCAGCAGCAGGCGGUGUCUGCAAUCAUGGAUGCUGCGGCUGUCACGCGAGCGGCAACGCCAGAUCCUGCUGAGGAGCCUGCCCCCAGCUCCUCUGUCAAGAGUGCGGUCUUCAAGAAACUCCAAUCCGUCGAGGAGGCUUGGAUCGAAUAUUCGGGUGACAUCAAUGGGAGGGGCUUGAAUGGCCUGCCGCCAAUCUGCGCCAGGGAGGCUGCCGGCAGCAAGUGGCGCACUGAUGACCCCAAGCAAUUUUUAGUAUUAAUGAGCAAGACACAUAAAAACGCAUUCGGCACUUUCUGGCAUUGCCCUCAAUUUUGUACGACCACUGCACACCUAAGUGGCUUAUCAAAGAUAAGGCUGAAAGGCUCUCACUAUAGUAUCGAUGUAAACGUUGAACAGCAAUGGGGCAUUCACAUCUCCUUGUUUAAAACCUGUGGCUACACUAAAUCAAUUCUCUGCUCUGCCUCAGUCUGA